AAAAAAAAAAAAAAGCCUCUUAAGCAUAUUUGUGAGAAUCGGACACGUGAAUUGCCCCCGCUUCCCUGGAGAGAAGAUAAAAUAGGGUCAUUUAAGCUCUCGAAACUUCAUCUCCUUCGUUUCAUUGAUCAUAUGGGAUGAGAUAGGGGCUUUCUAAAUAAGAAAGAUUGUAUAAGGGGUUAUAUGCAAACUCCCCCCCCCCACACACACACCCCCCACACCCCACAGAUAUCCUCUGAACUAAACUUACCAUGACUUCUCCAUCCCGCUUGGACAUAUAAUAGAAAAUAAAUUACAAUGAUAAUCAACCAACUUUUAUUGAGCUCUUGGCAUGGGGCAGGUGCGAUUUCAGCCCCUUCUAUUCAUUCCUUCCUUUAAUCCUCAAAUCCACCCUUUGAAGUAGCUCCCCAGGACCCAGGCAGAUGCAGACGAGGAAACUGAGGCUCAGUGGCACAGCUGGAAGGGACAGAGCCUCUGCUGUUGGACCCAGAGCCUGUGCUCUUUGUCCCCCAGUGAGCUGGCUACUUACGAAGGAAAUGGAGGCAAACCGGGGAACUACUGCCCACCCCCCUUCUUCCUCCUCUCUUCCUCCCAUCCCGCUCCCCCCUCCCAGAUCCCCCAGCAGCGUCCUGGUGCUGAAUAGGGGAUUGUUUUCUUCACCCUCCUGCCUCUGAAUGUUGAUGUUUUGGGUCAUUAAGGGGCUUGGAGUUGGGGUGGGGGGCGGGUUAUGACCCUGGAAAAGGACUGAAUAGACAUUGUUCCUUUUCUUCCCCCCUUGAAUGGAAUUCUGUCCCCGGCCUUGGUGUCUCCCUCUGGGUUGGAGGAGGGGAUGGGUCAGAGGCCUGUAAAGGGGAGCCUUUUCCCACCACUGAUGGAUAAGGCUAAGCUGACAGAUGCGAGAUUCAGGCACUCUUGGAGCCCUCCCAGGUCCCCUCACCCUGCCUUGACCCAGGCAUCUUCGGCCUUGAUGUUGAUAGCCAUGAAAUGAGCCCUGAUUGGGCGUGAGUCUGAAUUCAGUCUUAGGGUGGGUCGGGGAGAAAGAGGCAACAGUUAUAGACUUCCUUUUCCUUCCAGUCCCUUUGAACCUGUAGGUUCAUUUCUUCUGUACUGCUUCCCUGAAAUAAUCCUGGCCUCUUCCCUGCUCUCCCUUCCCCCAGUGAGACUAAAAAUCAAGACAAUCCUAUCUUUAGGAUGGCUUGAGCUUUGGGAAAGAAAAGUGUUAGAGAAAUAGAAAAUAAUCAUGAUCGUUAUUACUGUUUUGAUAGCAGAUUUAAUGCUCGAAAGUGUAAGAGUUCUGGCAACCUGAUUUUCUAUUUGUGUUUUUGCUGCACCCUUAAAGGGACAGAGAGGGAGCUCUCACUCCGCCAGGCUGGGCUGGCUUCCUGGGGGUCUCACCUUCUUCCUCUGCCCUCUAGGCUAUCCUGACUCUUUGGUCUUUUCCUCGUAGCCCUCCGGGCAGGGGCAUUUGCAGGGUAGGGGACAAGUGACAGGCUAUUUCUGAGCGCCUACUGUGUGUCGAGGGCUUUAUGGGCCUUAGUGCAAAUUGCAGGGCGCAGGAGAGAUCCAGGACGUGGCAUCCAUAUUCCAAUACAUAUUUGUUUGUUAGAUGAAUAAGCAGAUCGCAUUUAUUUUCACAAAAACUCUGCAAAGGAGUCCUUGUUUCUCCGGGAAGGAAAGGAUGUUGGGGAUUUCUACGUAAACUGGGAAGUGAAUGAAUUUGGCUGCAAACCAAGGUCUCCGGACUGCAAACCGCAGGGACCCUGCGCCCAGUUCGCCGCAACUACUACGACCCGUCCUCGGCGCCCGGGAAGGGCGUGGUGUGGGAGUGGGAGAAUGACAACGGCUCUUGGACGCCCUACGACAUGGAGGUGGGCAUCACCAUCCAGCACGCCUACGAGAAGCAGCACCCCUGGAUCGACCUCACUUCUGUCGGCUUCAGCUACGUCAUCGACUUCAGCACCAUGGGCCAGAUCAACCGGCAGACGCAGCGCCAACGCCGCGUCCGCCGGCGCCUGGAUCUCGUCUACCCCAUGGUCACGGGCACCCUGCCCAAGGCCCAGUCCUGGCCGGCCAGCCCCGCGUCGGCCGCCUCGCCCGCGGCCCCGCCCUGCUCCUGCCCACAGUGCGUCCUGGUGAUGAGCGUCAAGGCCGCCGUGGCCAACGGGGGGAGCGCGGGGCCGCUGCAGCCCCCGGCCGCCCGCAAGCACAUGCCCCCGUCUGGGGCGGCCAGGCUGCCCCCCCCACCAGGCCCUGCGGCCAAGCCGCUGGACAGCACGGGCACCAUCCGAGGCCCGGUGAAGCCCGUCCCGUCGCAGGCGAUCCGGCGACAGGCCUCCGGCACGCCGGCUGGGGUGACCAUGGGCUCUCCUGCCAGCCCCCCCGGAGCCAACGGCAAGACGGGAAGGGUGGCCCUGGCGACCUUAAAUCGGACCAACCUGCAGCGACUGGCCAUCGCCCAGUCCCGGGUGCUGAUCGCCUCUGGGGUCCCCACUGUGCCAGUAAAGAACCUCAAUGGGUCCAGUCCUGUUAAUCCGGCCCUGGCAGGAAUCACCGGGAUUCUCAUGAGUGCAGCCGGGCUGCCCGUGUGCCUCACCAGGCCGCCCAAGCUGGUUCUCCACCCGCCCCCGGUCAGCAAGAGCGAAAUCAAAUCCAUCCCAGGGGUUUCCAACACGAGCCGCAAGACCACCAAAAAGCAGGCCAAGAAAGGUAAAACCCCAGAGGAGGUGCUCAAGAAGUAUCUGCAGAAAGUCCGGCACCCGCCAGAUGAGGACUGCACCAUCUGUAUGGAGCGCCUCACGGCCCCCUCGGGCUACAAGGGCCUGCAGCCAACAGUCAAGCCUGACCUGGUGGGAAGGCUGUCCAGAUGCGGCCACAUCUACCACAUCUAUUGUCUGGUCGCCAUGUACAACAAUGGCAACAAGGACGGAAGUUUGCAGUGUCCAACCUGUAAGACCAUUUAUGGGGUGAAGACAGGCACCCAGCCUCCGGGGAAGAUGGAGUACCACCUCAUCCCUCACUCCCUGCCCGGCCACCCCGACUGCAAAACCAUCCGGAUCAUCUACAGCAUCCCUCCUGGCAUUCAGGGGCCGGAACACCCGAAUCCUGGGAAGAGUUUCAGCGCCCGUGGCUUCCCAAGACACUGUUACCUUCCAGACAGCGAGAAAGGGAGAAAAGUGCUGAAGCUGCUGCUUGUGGCCUGGGAUCGCCGCCUCAUCUUUGCCAUCGGUACCUCCAGCACCACCGGCGAGUCAGACACCGUCAUCUGGAACGAGGUCCACCACAAGACAGAGUUUGGCUCUAAUCUCACGGGUCACGGCUACCCAGAUGCCAAUUACCUGGAUAAUGUGCUGGCUGAGCUGGCUGCCCAGGGCAUUUCCGAGGACAGCACUACCCAGGAGAAGGACUGAGCUGGAGGGUCUUUGAGCCAGGAGGGGCCGCGGGGACCACAGGGCAGGAAGUGGGAGAAUCGAGGUGGAAGUUGGUGCCAUGCCCUCCCAAUCCCCUCAUUUCCCGCUCUGUCCUAUCCCCAUUCCCCAUCCCUCCUGGCCACAGCGGGGAGGGAGAUGAAUAAGGUGAUGUCAUUCAUAAACCUCAUCCACCACAAAGGGGACAUGGGAUGAGGGCCAUCCUCGGUCUGUUCCCAUGGAGUUUUCGGUGCUGGGUAGGCAAGAACCCCCCCCCCGCCCCCCUGAGUAGGGGCACGGUCAGCACACUUAGGGUAUGGACAGAGCGUGGGCACUCCAUACCUUGGCCUUGUGAAGCCUGAGGUUCAAUGCCUCAGCUGGCUUCUUGCUGCUUCCACUCUGCUUUGAGAGCGGAGUUUCUGCUUUUCUCUCCUCCUCUGGAGGCGAGGAGCUCUCACUGUGCAAGAUUGGGGGGCAAAGGGGUGAACCGCUAAAUUGCUGUGACAUCAGAUGUCGAUGCCUCGGUGUUCAGCGAGGAAGCACUUCUCACCAAGAGGGUCAGAGAAGCAAAGGCUUCUGGGAGCACACUCGGCUCUCAGAAUAGUCCUUGGCCUCUCUGGGCCCUCCCUCCUCACAUCUUCGACCUGUCCAAAGAGGCAUCUGGUUCUCUUGUGUGGAUGGACGGACUCUGGGAUUCCUCUCUGGGUUGGCAUCCCAUGAUGUUUCCAGCCCCUCUCUGAUCAGACCAGAGUCUGCAUCCCACUUAGCAUCUGAACUGUCCUCAGGGAGAGGAGCCCAUAGCCUUCUUCCCAACUCAUCCCAGACCAGCUCAAAGAUUCCAUGAGUUUCAUCAAGUCACUGUGAGUAGAGCCCAGGCUGGGUUCUGUGCCAUCUAUGUAUGCGCAUAUGUGUGUGUGUGUGUGUGCGCGAGUGUGCACCACUGGGCCAGGUUGGUGGACAGUCCCAUCCUGUUCUCCCAUUCUGUUUUGCAAACUGUCAAACUCCAGCUCUGAUGGGGCUCAAACAGCCAGGCUGUGGUUCCUUGACUUUCUUCACCCUUUGCCAACCCAUUUCCACAGUAAACUUGGACCCAAAUGGUAACAAUCAUGCAUCUUUCUAGAUGCCCCCAGGGAACAGUGCUUGGGGAGAUGUGUCAGGUGAGGACUGGACUGACCCCUUUUUAUAUCUCUUUCAAGACCGUAUCUAAACCAGUCUAUCCGGUCAUGUUUCUAUGAGGGCUUCGAUCUGUCUCCAUGCACGCUUGCUAAUCAGAGCCCAGAGGGGGCUGGGCCCCUCAUCUAUUACAGAUUGACCUAGAGCAUGGAGGCAGACUUUUUAGCUCAUUCCCAACAGGGUUGGGACCACAUCAUGGUCCAGGCCAACCUGCAUUUGGGUUGUGUCCCAAGACUCUGUCUGUCUCCUCCCCAAUAUUCCUCUUGCUUUUCACUUCCCUUAAGGAAUGAAUUGGGGGUCAGGGAGGAGAGAAGGGGGAUCAAGAAAGGAAACCCAAUUCCCCCUUUGAAAGUGGGUUCUUUGAACUAUGUGUUUGGGGGAAGUUCCUCUGGAUACUAAUUUGAAUUUAUAUACCUCAUGUUUUGGGGGUUUGACGUAUAUAUAUCCAUAUAUAUUUCAUAAUAUUUGGAAGGUUUUUGAUGCUAGAAAAAUGGAAACAAAAGAACCUUCAAAAAUGGUACUUAAAUUAGAACCUGAAGCCAGGCUUUCCUGAGAGCUGGCUCCGUGGCCGCUUGCUGUUUGCCUGAAGCCAUUUUGACAUUGGUGUGGCCAGUGGAUGCACCUGAGUGUCGCCCAGUUCCUUGGGAGGUACUGGUGCUGGGCCUUUCCUUAUUCUCUGAACGGCUGUCGGGUUGCUGACUGGCUCCAGCAGAGGGAGCUCUGAUGAGAGGAAUCCUUCCUGACAACUCCGCUCUCAGGUCAGCCGGCCACCAUCUUCUCUCACCAGCGGACCAGGAGAUUGGGCCUGAGUCCACUGCACCACAGGGCACAGUUUCCUGCCAGUCGGGAGGAAACACUUGAACUCAACGGAAGAGACAUGGCUGAGGCAUUUAAUAUCCGCCCCCCCCCCCCACCGUGCCCUUUGCCAGGCCACCCUGUCCCAGAGGUCAUCGAAGAGCCUCACUGCACCUCUAGUACCAUCUCUGCCCUUCAGCACCUGGGUCAAGUGUCUGCUGAGCUUCUCACCCACAGGGAUGAGGAAACAGACCGAGGGUCAGUGGGUAGAAACACACAGCUGUGGAGCAGGAGGUGGGGAAAGAAGGCAAAUGAGGUUUGACAACUGGCCAUGGCAGCGGGGACAGGCUGAUUUCCCUGCCUCGGGCAGAAGGUAUGGGUGGGGAAGGGGACAGCCGAGAAAAGAAGGAAGGGGACUCAGAGAAUGGAUAGGCAGGCAGGCGGUGUGCCAGGGGUAAUACCACUUCGAGGGUAAGUCUUAAUGCCUUCAAGACCUUACCCCUAGGAUGCCGACCGUGUCUGUACCCCCCAUUCUUUUCCUCCCUGAGGAUGCUCAGCAGGGGGUACCUCCUCCUUGUGCUGCCCUUCGGUGGGACUUUCUGGGCAGAAGGAUCUUGAAUUUCCUUUUAACACUGUGCCAAGCAAGGCGGGGGGCAGGGGGGAGGCAGCCCUUUGCCCUUUGUGCCAGCCUAGAAAGGCACGGUCUCAGGCGCAGUGAGCACCCUGCCAGCGGAGGUACUGAGCACCGAUCCCUGGGACACGGGACGUUUCCCCACCAGUGUUGUUCCUGCUCUGUUCCCUGGGUUGCACAGGGAACCCCAUGCCUUGCCUGUCAUGGCCGGACCACCAGCUGCCUGGUUUUCCCCUUCCUGAGUCUCCAGGGAUGACAAAUGGGAUUGCAGACAAACUCUGUCAGAUGCCUGUCCCUUAGAGGUCAAUUGUGUAUAUGUGGUUGUGCGUGCCUUUGUGUUUCAUACCCUUUCUCCUGCCCUUUUGUAGAACUUGGACUUUCUCUGUGGUUUUACACUUGGUCAAAAGUACUUGUCCUGGUAUUGCACUGUCGUGUGCAUGAGAGGGGAGGGAGGAGACCCCGCGUGGUACGGGAAGGGGCUUGUCCCCUAUCCUUGUCCGUGGUCACUGGCAUUUGCGUGGGGGUUUUCUGGGAGAGGGAAGGUGAAUGCCCUAAUGUAAAAACUAACCGAUGUGUUGUGAAGUCCUUGGUGUUGCUCUGUGAGAGGACAUCGCCACCUGGUGCUCAUGAGGUGUAUGUGCAGAACAAUAAAUGGCAAAUGAACAACCACAAA